CCAGAUUUGACCCAAUUAGAUUGUGUUCUAAAAAAAAAAUUACAGAGUGGAACAAAAAAGUCGAAGCAAAGUAUUUCACCUUCCUACUUCCUAGUGAUUCCUACAUUAACCAAUUCAAUAAACUGCUUAGCGUCUGAGUUGCCUGUGUCAUUAUACUACUGCUGCCACUUUGCUUGUUCUGUAUAUUCAAUCAAGCAGCUUCUGUUAGACGGUUAAAGUAUAAUUACACUAGCACAUAGAAAGAUCCUAUAAUAAAUAUGUUCCGAAAGCUACCAAUCGCCGCACUCAGCGUGCUCGGUCUAUCGCUUGUUAGCGCCGACUUAGACGUCACGUCCAGUGUAGCCGAUUUCGAUUCCGCUUCAGGAGUGUUCACAAUUGAUAUUGAAAGCACGGACGGAAGACACUCGAUGGCGAUGUACAAUUUGGGAGGCAACAGAGUGAACACGCACACCGUGACUUUACAAACUGACGGGCCGUUUGAGCCCAAAUUUUGCCAUUUCAAGCCAAUGAAUUCAGAGCUAUACAUCCAAUCCGGGGCCAAGAUCGUCGAUAGCGCAACCAAAAAAACCUACUACUGCAGCUACAAUGGCUGGCUAGGCCACAACGCGGACGAGACCGUCACAAUCUCCGUACUUCCAGCUGGCAAGGAGUAUAUCGUAUCUGUCAACACAGCCGAUGUGCCUAAGGCUGGGCGUACAGGUCGAUUGAACAUGCGUCUGCACGGAUCUACCGCCAGCACAAGCACCGAGUCUUUCUUCAUCAAUGUCGGGGACAAGGAUACUGAGCAGCUGUCCUUCUACUCCAGCGAUAUUGGCAAGUUCCAGUCGUUAUACAUGUACCUGGAUGGCGAGGAUGCGCUGAAGAUAGACACGCUUGACAUCAAGAGUGAGGGAGUGGACAACCCCAUAUCAUUCCAACACGACGACUGGCUCAACCCCAACUGCCCAUACAUUGGUCACGGAGCCUCCAUGAGUUUCAUCGCACCCGACUACACAAACUAAGCAACGCAGUCGCCAAAACACUCCCAAUUGGGUUUUGGGUUUUAGCUAAAACCCUAAACCCUGCGCGUGGGAACACACACUGUACAUCGUCUGCCGGUCUCCACAACGUCACAGUGCCAGCAAGACACCCGCCUAUGUAAAUAAGGGAUGCGUAUACAACACAAGACAAUAUAACACACUUUCAAGCUCACGUUCCAAUAAAAUGAACUAUUGAAAUAAGGGAUACGUCUACUACACAAGACAGUACAACACACAUUCAAGCUCACGUUUCAAUAAAAUGAACCAUGUAAAUAAGGUAUGUGUCUACGACACAAGACAAAAUAACACACAUUCAAGCUCACGUUCCAAUA